CCUUUUCCAUAUCCCAAAAUGGUUGGUUCCAAACAAAGCCUAACAUUCGAGGCCGCCACAAAGACGACCUAUCUUGCUUCUUGUGUUCGAGAUUUCCUCUAUAAGAGGAUGGAAGAAACGGAAGCGAUGAAUAGAAGAACUCCACCUGUUUCUUAAUUUCAUUACAGAUUCAACUAACCGCGGGCUAUAACAUAACAAGUCAAAUCGAUUCCCUGAAGUUCCCUGGUUGGGAUCUAUCAAGAGAAAAAAAGAAGAAUCAAGAUAGCGACCUCAUCGUUUUGCUCCACUGACGACCACCGAAUAACAGAAAGAAAAAGGUUCUGUAUCCAAGUAGUUAUUGAGGAAGGAUGGCUGAAGAGGGAAGAGUGCAUCCAGACUGCAGAAAUGCAUCAAACCCUUACCACGAAUGUAGUGAGUAUUGCUUUAGGAUAAUUGCUGAAGUCAAGGCUCGGAUGGAUAAAAACAACCAAGGAGCUAUGCAAGCCAGUGGUUGCAAUAUUCAUCCUAUUUCAGUUGUGAGUCCUGAUCAAGGUGAAAAUCCACAUGAUGAAAUACAUGAUCUUGAAGGUCAUCCAAAUGGUGAUAGUGACAAUUUUGCUGAGGAGAAUGUGGAAGGUGACAUCACACAACUCACAGGAAGGCAGAAAAAAUUAUUUGAGUUAAGGUUAAAGAUGAAUGAGGCGCGAAAAGCAAAUCAAACUGCCAUGGUGUCUGAGAAGAAAAGAAUGGAAGCUCCACCAGAUUCUAGAGGGGUUUCAAAGCAAAAAUGGAUUGAGGAGAGGAAGAAGAAAAUUGGCAAACUUCUAGAUGCCAAUGGUUUGGAUAUGACUAAGGCAUAUAUGCUCGAUACACAAGAAGCAGCAGAGGGAAAGUAUAAGAAAUGGGAAAAGGAACCUGCACCUUUCGGUUGGGAUGUUUUUAAUCAGAAAACAUUGUACAAUGCAUACAAAAAACGGACAAAGAACAUUGAGGUCGACGUUGAAGAAUACAAUCAGAUGAAAGAAGCAGAUCCAGAAUUCUACAGGGAAGCUUCAAGCCUCCAGUAUGGAAAGGCACCAAAGGUAUCAGAAGACAAGAUUGAAAGGAUGGUAAAGGAGCUCACGGACAGGGACGAGAAGCGGAAGUCAUUUAGCAGGAGGAGGAAGUUCCAUGAAGAGAAGGACAUCGACUCGAUCAAUGACCGUAAUGAGCAUUUCAAUAAGAAGAUUGAGAGAGCCUUCGGGAAAUACACUUUGGAGAUUAAGAACAACCUUGAGAGAGGGACGGCCUUGCCUGACUAAACGUACUUGGGUGUUAGUUUCAUGUAAUACUUUUGUUGAGGGCUUGAAUUUAACAUAUCUUUUAUCCUCCAAAAGGUGGAGGUUGGUAGAAGAUUGCAUCUACUAACUUGUAUGCCAGCAAAGUGCGUUGCCCCAAAUUGCCAAUACAAUGGUUAAAUGGUACCCUCAUAGUCUGCUUUGGAUAGGUAGAUAUUAUUGGUAUGUAGCAUCAUUGGGUGUAAUAUUAGGGAUAAUGAGAUAAUAUAUUAUAUUAUUACGGGUAAUGAGAUAAUAUAUUAUAUUUUUGCUAA